AUGAACAAAAACGGAACAGCUAAAAUGAAUGAUAAUCAAAUUAGAGCAGAAGGUAGAAGGUUAUUUAAACGCUUCUAUAACAUUCCUGAUGGUGUUAAUCCUAAAACUCGUAGAAGCUAUUUAAAUGAAGCAAUAGAUGCAUAUGAAGGGUUUGACAUUUCAUCAGAAAGUGAGAGAUUAGCGAGAAUGUUAAAUGUUAAUAUUGAUUUCUAUUAUUGUGAUCCUCAACCAGAAGACGUGGACAUAAAUAAGGUAGACUUUCCAUUAGUGGAAUCAAUAAUGAUAGAUCCAGAAUUUGAAACAGUAAAUAUUUUAUUAACACAGAGUCCAUGUGGAAAACUUCACGCUGACAGAAUAACAGACGUUGAAGCACUCACCGGCUAUAAAGUUUGUCCAUAUUGUAAAGAAGAAGUUUAUUCUAUCCGUGAUGAUCCAGAAAGGAAAAACCAAAGAAGAUUUUUAAAGCAUUGUGAGAAAUGUAAAGAAAAUAAUGGAAGAUUAAUUCAAGAC